AUGUCCGAACAAAGCAAUUGCCCUACCAUCAAUGUCGCUCAAGCAGACUUCAAUGCUCUCGAAGUGUUGAAGAGUCACAGCACCAAGAUAGAGAGACUGCCAGAGUGGAACGAGUUGAACCGAAAUCACUUUCACCGCGAUGGCCAAGCCGAACUGGGAUUCCAAAGCCACGAUGUCUUUGUCUCAAAAACAGACCUUGGUACUUUCGUUUUCGCAGUCAUCGAGUACCGGAAUCCAGAUGACACAGCGCCCAUUACGAAGAACACUCUAUUCACCGUCGAAAUAAGGGUCAAAUAUGCAGUAGUAAUACCUACCGAACGUGGUACGAAAACGCAAUGGCGGAAAUUCAGACCGAUGGAACGAUUAGAAAAUAUCCCGCUAGUAGAUCUCGUCAAGUGUCAAUUCGAAGAUGGAACUGAAGCCGUUGUAGGGUUACUGUGCAUUCCCAUCGAACCUUGCUGGACAGUUUCGGAUAACAAUCCGUUCAAGAACAUCGAUCAGAAAUUCAAAUUUGGUGUUGCGAUUAAAGGCAGGUAUGAGUCAAACGAGGGGAUCAAGUAUCCUGUGCAACAAAAUAGGAGCGACAAACGAUCAAUUGACUCACAGCAGACCGAAGCUCGGAAUUCUCUGUCAUUGACGUCGGGAGUAUGGCAACUUCACAAAAAAGACAAUCAGGAGAAUUAUCUACUCAUGUGUGUGACUCAUGGAGACUCUAAGCCAUAUCCAUUAACAUCUGCAACACCUAUCAAAGUGAAGUUGACCCUCAGGUCGAUAGCAAAGCAUAGCGAGCACCUCGUCGCUCCCUAUCAUACUUCGAUAUCUAUCGAGCCUUGGUUUGUCAAGAAAGAGAACGGAUAUUUUCAUGGAUUGCUGGCAAUCCCUCUUCCCGUGUCAACGGAAAAAGAAGCUCGCUUCUUUGAAGUAGUAACUAAGAUCCCAGGAUCAUUUCGGUUGGAGUUUACCACCUUAGAACGAGAACACUAG